AUGACGCCAUCAUCCUGGGCGAGUAUUCAUCCCGAGCAGCGACAUAGUGCUAUGUUCGUCGAUCGAGAAUUCUGCGUAGAACGUUGCCAUCUACUGGAUAAGUGUUGGAAUACCUGGAGGAGAGCACAUCUGCAUGUGUUACGAGGAUUCUGCAAUAAGUUUUGCGCUGCCACCACUCUACGCACGAAUACUGCUCCCUCAAUACUGCUGCCUUCGCAUUUGCUUAGGAUGUUCGUCGAUCGUAGCUUCUGUACUGCCCACUGUCACGACAACGGUAUGUGCUGGCGCCAUUCCAACGGUAGCCAUUCCUGCAUCUGCUAUGAACCAUCGCCUGCAAACAAAAACUGUGGUCUGUCCCCCGAGCCCAAGAGCGAAACGCUGGGUUUCAUUAUUGGGCUAGUCGCGGCACUGAUGUUGUUGGCGCUUAUCAUUUUCUUCUUUUGGCUCGAUCGCAAGAAGGCGUCGCCGGCCGCAAGUGGCAUUGAGGCUCCGGAGGAGCCGCGGGCUCCGCGCGAGGAGACCACUCCCUCGGGCGCGGAGGCCUCUGCUCCUCCGGAGGAGUGA